AUGUCGAAUGUAUUAAAACAGCUUGGAGUUUUGUCCAUCCUUUUAGUCAUAGGUACCGUGAACACAGAGUCUAGAAAGGAAGGCGACAUGUCACAAGACAUCUCGUAUUGUGACGUGACAUACCUUGAUCAUCGGGAUGAGACCCAUGUGAGUGGUAAUACAACUAUCAUACCAGGCAUCACCGUGAAAAAUGCGAAUUGCUGUGGAAAUGUUCGUUAUAGUCAGGACGCACAAAUGUGUUGUAAUGAAAAACUAUACGACAACGCUCCAGAUUUGAUGUGCUGUGGUAACGAAAAAAUCAAUGUAAAAUAUGAAGUAUGUCCUGCAAAGAAGAUCACUACAAAUGAUGAUUUAACGUUGUGUGGCAAAGAUUACUACCACUCUCUUUAUCGAAUGUGCUGUGGAAAAACUACAUACCCUAUUGAAGAUCACAUGCAGUGUUGUGAUGCAUUCGUGCAUGAUAAAAGGACAAGCACGUGCAUUGAUGGUAAAAUUAUCCCUCCUUGGAUGAAAUGUUGCGGCGGCUUCUCCAUUAACUCUUCCCACCAACUCUGCUGUGACUACGGAUCUGAUGGUUAUUUCCCUGUAGAUAGGAGCGGCCUGGACGAUGACCGCUGCUGUAAGACUGACGGCAGGACCUUCCACAGUGUAACCCAUGAAUGUGGUCCAUAUGGAGUAGAACGAAGACGUUUACUUCUCUCACAUUGUGGAAAACAGGCAUACGAUCCCGUUAGAGAUAUAUGCUGUGAUGGAUUUGUCUACAAAGGAGGCAAAACAAGAGGGCUUCAAUGUCGGGAUAUUAUAAGGCCAACACCACCAGCCCAUGUGAUAGAUUACCUUUCUUGUACUGGACAGUGUCCAAUCUGCAGCAUAACUGAAGUCCAUCAAAUGUACAGGUGCCCAUUUCACGCAUUUAUUGCCAAACGAAUCCGAAAGUUGAAGCAUAGAAGAGGAGGUCAUCGCCGCUACAUGGUGACCUCGGAUCUUAUUACUUUUGGAGAUGUCGAUGGCGAUAGACAAAGAAUCUUCAAGUUUUCACAAAACUGCAAGUCCUGUGUACCGAGGUCGAGAAGUAUAAUCAUCAUUACGUCAUCGUCUAUCAACACAUUCUGUAUUGUGAAAAACACUAAAACCAACCGGAAGUACUUACGGAAGAUAUGUAACUAAUCAGAUUAAUACUUUACUAUUCCACUACAGGCAAUUACUGUGAAAAAUGAUAACUUUCAUGUAACUUUGAAUAAAACAACGCUGGUCAUAAAAUUGAUGCUUAACUAUUAGACAACGGAGUUUUUUUUAUCAAUUAAGUGCAAUAAUAAGUAUAUGUCUCGUCAGCAUAAUAAAUAAUGAUUCGGAACACCAAACUAGAAUCGAAAAAUACGUAAAAAGAAAUAACCACUAUUUCAAAUCUACUACAACGCCAUGUUGCUGUGUAAAUAAAGAGACAGCGAUCAUCAAUAUGCCUCUAGUUUGAACAAGUUUUUUUUUCAUAUUAAUGACGUCACAAUAACUGUAUUGGUGUAAGAUUUCGGCAUUGUAGGUUAUUAAUUACGUCACAAUACCAUAUAGCGGGAAAUUUUAGCGGUCAAAAAAUUUGGC